ACUUUCUCUUCAUUGCGUGCUCUGGAAAUCAACGUUACUGCCAGAUGUGCUUGUCCAUUUCGAAGGGAAUGAUAUACUGCUUGAUCAGCGGGAGGCGGUCGCAAUUUCUUAGACAGAUUCGCUUUCUGUCACGGACGAACCUCGGUAACUGAAGCACCUUUUACUCUUACUCGCAAUGGAACACUCCAUCUUUUGGUUGGCCAAUACCUUAUUCUUUGGCUUUAUCGUCUUAGGAAUAGCAUGUGAAUCUUUUGCAAAACACAUGGAGAAGCCUGUUACAUCAUCUUCAAUCAGGAGAUCUGGUUUUGAUGACCACGAUUGGUGGGAUGUCAAACACGCAGCUUUCCCCCAUUCUUGGUCGCACGAAGACCGCGGUCGGAAAUUAUGGAACGACAAUAGACCAGAACCUCCAAGGUCACCUUUUCACCCAGGUGAACUACCCAUAGGACUUCGAUCUCCAUUUCCAGGCUUCAGGGAUUCGAUUUACGAAAGAGUGAUUAAACCUCAUUUACGUAAUAACUUUGUCGCACGUCAAAAUAAUGCGAUAAAUUUUGCAGAGAAAAAUGUUCUCUUUCGACACGAAGUGGAAAAGCUUAAAUACCAACCUAAAAUGCAUCAAAUAAAAAAAUCUCGGCCAAGUAGAGCAAAUUAUCAGAAGGAGGUCGACAAUGCGAAAUUGUUGAACGGCCAAAAACCUCAGACCCGUGGAAUUGGCGAUUUACCUUCUAGCGAUCCUUGGAAAUCCAUCCUGUACAACGAGUUUGUCUUUAAACUUUAAACCACGUGGAUUUGGCUCGGCUUUUUAUGUUCCUUAUCCAAUAUGUAUUAUCUUUUGAUCCAUGCUAGUGCAAAUAAACCAAGCAAAUUAUUUUUAAAAUCA